GCAUGAACCCCUUCCCGCCUCUGCCCUUGCCUCCGUUUCAUGUCGCGCGACAAUCGUUACCUGCGAACAGGGACACGGACCCCAUGUUUCAUUUGUUCGCUUUGUCGCAGACUCAAGACUACCCGGACGAUCAUGCGCACAACAGCGAUGACGACAUCGGAAGGUUCGGAGACGGUUGCGUUGAAACCGCACAGCUGGACGAAAGGCCACACGAGCUGCCCGAACUUGCUAACGUGCUUGCGCCAGCCGCCCCAUCUUCUCCCAAAUCUCCGGACCAACCGGCUGUCGGCGCGAUGACGGUUUUGGUGCCCCCGCAGGAGACGAGCGGGGGCGAAUCAAUACAAGAGGUAGAGCAUCAUGCUCCGGCCGAGGACGAGGAUCCGCAGCUAACAGUUCUCCGGGCACGAUUAGCGGAGAAGGAGAAAGAGCUGCAAAGCCUUCGACAGGCACACGAGGAAGAGUUGCAGUGGUUGAAGCAAGAAAGUGAAGCGAAAAAAGGAGCGCUUGAAAAAAUCGAAGCCGAGCGCGAUGUUUGGAAGCAGCGUGCGGUGACUGCGGAGGAGAAGAUACUAUCCGCAACAAAGGCACAGCCACAGCCACUAGCGCCAACAAACUCAGCAGUCAUUGUUCCAGGGGCUGCGUUACUGCC